GGUCUUAGGCAUAUCAGCUCCUCAUGCAGCAGCAGCAGCAACAGCAGCAGCACUUCCUGUCUCACAGGAAGUUCUCCCAUGUCCCUCCUGUACACCAGGACCCACAGCAGUUGGCCCGUAUCAUGGCAGUUCUUCAGCAGCGCCCCAAAACCCCCACAUCUACCCCAGGUCUUUUUCCAGGUCCAGUGAAGCUCAGAGGCGACGCCUCGUAUCCUCACUAUGAUCUGGUGGGAGUGGAGAAUGUGGGCGUGGCCUCCCCAAAUCUGAUUGACAAUUGGCAUCGAAACCCUGGUGGUAAAUUAAGCACCGCCCCUAACACCCCCACCUGGCCACCAGAGUUUCAGCCUGGUGUUCCCUGGAAAGGUGUUCAGAGCCCUGAGCCUGACCCGAACCCCUACAGUGGAAUGUUGGGGGAAAACACACUCGCUGAUACUGAACACCACUUACUGCAGGAUAACACAGUCUCUCUGUCAGAGAUGAACACCGUACUGCCUUCACCUGCUGCCUGGCCUUACUGUGUUUCUGACACACACAACUCGGCUAAAUUCCCUGCGCUGGCCACUAGUUGGCCUCCUGAGCCAAUUGGACACAGGACCAAUCGAAACAGCUCCCAGCUGACCCGCCCCCCUCCGGGUCUGACCCAUCAGAAACAGUCUUCGUGGUUAGGGGCGGAGCCUCACAUGCCCCGAGGGUGGGGUUCAGAGAGGCAGAGCCUGGAGUCACCUUUUGGUACAGAGAGCUCAUGGAGUGGUGGAUCAUCUACAGGAAGCUCAUGGCUACUGCUGAGCAACCUCACACCACAGAUCGACAGCUCCACCCUAAAGACAAUUUGCCUGCAGCAUGGCCCACUGAUGACCUUUAACCUCGGCUUGGCUCAGGGCAGCGCUCUGAUUCGCUACUGCAGUCCUGACGAGGCAGCCAAGGCCCAGAGCGCACUGCACAUGUGUGUCCUGGGUAACACCACCAUCCUGGCUGAGUUUGUGAGUGAGGAGGAUGUGGCUCGCUACUUCACACAUUCCCACAGCAGAGAGACAGAUGGAGAGACAGACAGAGACAUGGACAGCGAGACAGGAGGAGGAGGAGGAGAGACGAAGCUCGGCAGGGACAACCUGGACAGAGCAGGACUCUCUCUGUUUAACCAGUGGAGUCACAGCCGGGGGGGCGGUGUGUGGGGAGGGGUGCCGUCCGGUUACCACGGCAACAACCUAUGGGGUUCUCCUCAGGUUGAUGACAGAGGGCCUGGCUUGUUGCUGAGCAACCUGUUAGGGGGUGGGGCUGAUACUUUGUGAUGUGUGACAGACACACACACGCACGCACACACACACACACACACACACACACACACACACACACACACACACACGUUUCUGUAUGAAUCCUGGACUCACUUGUCUCUGUGCUCACACACUCAGUGACUUUAUCACAUCACAUCAUCUGAUUUAUUCCCCAGUUUGUUACGUGACUGAACUUCAGGUGUCACUGGUGAAAUUUAAUGUCCUACAGAUUCGCUGUCAGUCUGAAGGACAAAGGGGACAAGAUGAAGAAUAUUAAACAAGACAUAGUAAAGUU